AUGACUUGUGAUUUAUUUAAAAACACCUUAGAUCAAAUCACGAAAAUAUUGCUCUCAAUGGCACUGUGCCCUUUCGCUUGGUACAAACUACCAUUUUUUGCCGUUAUACACGCAAUAUUCUGGCUCCCAACCACGUAUCUGAUCGCGAUUUCCAAUGACCAUAUUUCACCAGUCGUACCAUAUGUAAGCGCACUUGGUAUCUAUCCACCGGAAAAGUAUAUGUUCAUGGUUCUAAUGUCAAGUUACGGAAUAAUGGCUACUUUGAGUCAAUGGAUUUGGUGUUGGAAAGCUGGAGUUCAAAUAGGAAAAAUGAGGAGAUCUAUAAUACUUCAUUUUAUACUUGUAGUUGUUGUGGUAUUUAUGACGAUAGCUGGGAUAUGCAUAGUCGGACUUUCUUUUGUUAACACAAAAGAGAACAAUGCUGAACAUUAUCAUUUGACUUUAUUGAAUUUCAUUUGUCAUGUUAUUGCAAUUCCUUGUGGAGCAGUUGUAAUCGCCUGUAUUUCAAACAAGUGGAUAUUAUAUUGUUUUGGAAGAUUAUUUGUUGUUAUUCAAAUGGUACUGGCAUCUGCUUCAUUUGUACAUUUCAAUAUGAUUGGACUUAAAGUUUUAAAAGCGAAAGAUUUUUUCUAUAUCAAACCUUAUGAAUCGGGUUAUAUUGAAUUUGUAUGGAGUGCAUUAAUAAAUUUCAAAGUUGAUUCCAACUCCUUUAUCUUUGGAAAAAGACCUAACGAAGACAAAAUAAAGUUCACUCUUUGA